GAAAGCGCGGGUAGAAAGGAAGCCAAAUCCUUUUUUAGGUUUCGAGCUCCUCGCGCCGCCUCCCUCUUGCCCUCUGGCGCUGGAGGUCGAGAUCAGAGAGGAUGUGCGGCAUCGCUCUGAUUCUCUCGGGAGCUCGUAUUGUUGGAUUCGAUCUUUAUAGAGAAACCCACGGAUCACCACCUCCCGGUACCGAAGCGGUGUAUCAGCCAGAUCUUUCAGUAGGUGAUCUUAAAGUUGCUUUGAGAAGAAGAGGACCCAAUGAACUGAGUAUCAGAAAGGUCUUCCUUCAGUUAAGAACAACAGUUUCUGUUGAAAAGGAUGAUGAUGAAAAGGAUAAGCAAGAAAAUUCAUGUUUGUGGUUAGAAGAAACCGUGAAGUAUUGCAUCAGUUCAAUGUCAGGAGCUGUUGAUACAAAAGAUGGCGUAACAACAGAAUCUAUUGCCGAACUAGAUUUCCUUGGUGCGACAUUACAACUUAGAGGAAUAAGUCCUGCUUUUCAGCCACUGGUGGAUGUUUCUGGAAAUAUUCUUGUUUUUAAUGGUGAAAUAUUUGGGGGACUUCAAGUUGAUGUUGAUAGCAGUGAUUCUGAAACUCUUUUGCAUGCACUGGAACGUUGUUGUUCCUGUGACAGUGAACUUGGAAAAGCUUGUUCUUGCAUUCAGAAUGGAGAGAAAACUGUUCCUGACAUUCUUUCAACAAUCAGAGGGCCAUGGGCUUUGAUAUAUUGGCAGAAAAAGUCAAAAACUUUAUGGUUCGGUCGAGAUGCUUUUGGGAGGAGAAGCCUUCUUGUUCACUGGCCAACAUCUGAUGAGCCACAAUUUGUUCUAUCUUCUGUAUCACCAGCUUCACCUUUCAGAAAGGAUUCAGGUUCCACCUCAGCAACUGAUGGCUUUGAACCUGGGAUAGAUUCCAAUGUUGCAUCUACAGCAUGCAGACUUUGUAACUGGGAGGAGCUUCCUUGUGGGAUAUACAGUGUCCACUUAAAAGCCCAAAAAGCCAUCGAGCAGUGUGUAAGGGAAAAAUUGGUUGGUGAAGUCAGAAAACAUGAAUGGAGCAAUCUCUUGUUAAAUGAACUGAUUAAAUGGGAGAGGACCUUUCUGGAUCCCAGUGUGGAAGAGUUCUCCACAAUCGGUCUCCCACUUCAAAUGGAGCAACUUGCCUUGCUUUCAAAAGCUUCAGAUGGAAUGCAUCAUGAUAUAGCUGAUCUCAAGGGACUUACGGUGAAACAGGCAAAUUUCCAAUCAGAUAUUGCUCAUUCCUUGAUGAAUAAUCUCAGACCAGUUAAUGUUAAUGCAGGGUAUACUCAGCCUGCAGAGAAGGUGCUCAUUUCACUAAGAGAAUCUGUGAUGCGGCGAACUACUCUAGACACAAUCUAUCAGACAGCUUUACAUGAAGGGAAAGAAGAGGAAUUGGCCCCUAUAGCACUUCUGUUUUCUGGUGGCUUAGAUUCUAUGAUACUUGCAGUAUUAUUAGAUCAAUGUCUUCAUCAGAAAUACACGGUAGAUUUGCUAAAUGUAAGCUUUGAUGGCCAGCUUGCUCCAGAUAGAGUUUCUGCAAGGAUGGGCCUAAGAGAACUUCAAAAGAUUGCUCCAUGUAGGAGGUGGCAACUUGUGGAGAUUGAUGCUACUUUGUCUGAUUUGACUUGGGAAGCAAAGCAUGUAAUGUCACUGAUACAUCCUGCAAAGACCUACAUGGAUCUGAAUAUUGGAAUAGCAUUGUGGUUGGCUGCUGGUGGAGAUGGUUGGGUGGAUGGAAAUAUCUGUAAUCUAGGAGAAGAUCGAUGUCGCCAUAGAUACAAGUCAAUGGCACAAAUUCUCUUGCUAGGUUCCGGUGCUGAUGAGCAGUGUGCUGGAUAUGGUAGGCACAGGACAAGAUACAGGCUGGGAGGUUGGGUUGCACUCCAUGAAGAAAUGAGACUGGAUAUGCAGAGAAUUUGGAAAAGAAAUAUGGGUAGAGAUGACAGAUGCAUUUCUGAUCAUGGAAAGGAGGCAAGAUUUCCUUUUCUCGAUGAGGAUGUCAUUAAAACUUUGUUGGAAAUUCCUCUAUGGGAGAUUGCUGAACUUGAUAAACCUAGUGGAAGAGGUGACAAGAAGAUUCUAAGAGAGGUUGCACGGUUGCUUGGCUUGGAAGGAGCUGCUGUUCUUCCAAAGAGGGCUAUUCAGUUCGGCUCACGGAUAGCAAGAGAAUCAAACCGAAAGAACUUCGGAUGCAACCGUGCAGCGAAUCAAGCAUCUGCAGGGAGUGUUGAGAUUCUCCAAUCGACUGGGUUCCACAGCUCCCAUCGCUCUGCUCUUGAUGCGCUAGCAGAUGUUGCGAUCCGGUACAUAUGUGAUCUAGGCAAAGCUGCAAACUUUUAUGCUAAUUUAUCCGGGAGGACAAGUAGCAAUGUGUUUGACGUCAUUCAGGGACUGGAGGAUCUGGGUUCGUCGCAGGGGUUCUCCAGUGCAUCAGACGUACACCGUUGCCUGGUCAGUUCAGGUGUUGUUCGAGAGAUCAGCCAGUUUGUGAGCACGACAGAGGAGGUUCCAUUUGACCAACCUGUUCCCCGAUUCCCAAUUGCUCGGACCCCCAAGCAUACACCUAGCUUUGCUCAGAUUGGGGAGGCUCCUGCAGGGAAGCACAUUCCUGAUUGGCUGCCGGCAUUCCCUGAUCCACAUACUUAUAUCCACACGCCAGUUUGGAACGAGAGGGCUACAGACCUCCGGGCAGAUAAAAUUGAACAAGCAAGGCGGCGGCGGAAGGCUGAGAAGACUUUGCUAAGCUUACAGCAGCGGCUUGCUUGCAAUGGUACAGCUGGGUUUGCCCCAGCCAUUGACGCUGAUGCUGGGAAGGGAAAGCAGGUUGUUUGUAGCAACCCUUUCGUGGCCCCACCUUUGCCAUUUGGGGAGAAGGAAGUGUCAGAAAUCAUUAUCCCAAACGACGAUGCUAACAAGAAGUUGUCAGUGCUUGAGACUUUUGCACCUGCCAUCGAGGCAGCAAAAAGUGGGUCUUUUAUGUCCUUGAUUAGCAAGGAAAGGGUUCUUCCUAGUGAAAGGCCUCCGGUGCAUUUUAAGUUUGGAAUUCACAAGAAAUCCAUAGCGGUGCCAUUGUUCUCGAAAACUCUGAAUGUUAAAACAGAUUCCUGGUUCCUGAGGGAUGAUGGGAAGGAUGACAAGAAGCGGAGAGCAGAGAUGAUACUUAAAGAAUCUAUGGAGAACCCACAGGAACUUGCUCAGUUGUAGAGUUCAUUUUAGAUGGGUUUUGCUGAUGUGGAGUUGUGUUACUGUUGGCAUGGUGUAUCAAGAUUGGUGGAACUUCUAUCUCAGAUUUCUGAUGGUUUGAUCCAUAUGAGAAAUUGAGGUAUGUGGAAUGUCUCAAUCAGGCAGUAACCUUUGCCUACAAUCUCUCUCUCUCUCUCUCUUGAAUUUUCUCUUUCUGAAAAAGUGUAGAGUAUCCCUUUCUUGACAUGCCACGAUGAGUGAUAGGCAUAAUCUUUCCACCCACAUUUUUUUUUCAUAAUUUCAAGUUUAAUACCAAAGUGUAGAGGCCAAGGAUGUAUCAUCUAUGUACCAUUAAUUAAAGUGUGAGUUAAGAAGUGAACACUAAUCAUGCACUAUGGUAUUAUCCGGAAACAAAACUACUAAUCUGAGCCUGGGGGACCAUUUUUUUUAUAGAUCAAAAAGUUUAUGACUUUGCAGAUUCUCUUACUUGUGACAUACAUGGUUCCUCAUGCUUUUGCCUGUUUAAAUGGAAGACAUAAUUUAUUUAUCUGCUUAAUGUUAUGGAAAAUCCUUGCUUGUAUUUUUUUAACUGUAUCCAAAGCUGAGCCAGCUACUUUUUGCUUGCAAAUAUUCUCCCUCAAUAUAUCUCUGUUUCCUAUCUUUUCCGUGUGAAGUUAUACUCUCUGGUUGAACUAUUUUAGCUGUUGAAGUUCUUACCAUUAUUCCAAAAGAUAGCUAUUACAAUGAUUGUCAAAAGGGUUUUGGGUCAAUUUUGUCACAUUAUAAUUUGCAGAACAACCAAACAACACAACUACCAUUGCGUAUGUUAUGACAGACAUAAUGACUAUAUGAUGGAUGUUAUUGAAUCUUUGUUUGCAAGAUAAAAUAUUGUGAUUCAUUUGUAAUAUUUUUGUUAGUACACCUGACUGUUAAUGUGAGAAAAUUAUAUACUAUAAACAAUGUUGAAUAAAAUCCAUUCAAAGAUUGAAACGCACAAAUAGAAGCCAUUACCAUUACAGAGAUCCAGCAGUUCUUGGGGCCCAUUAUGCUGUAGUAAUGGCCACUAGGUGCACCUAUUCUAAUAUAUGACAGAAACAUGCAAUGCUCCACUGACUCAUACCUCUUCCUUUCAUGUCACAAGCAUUAAGCUACUCCAAUAUCCAUGUUGGAUAGGAAGUCAAUUUAACCCCCUUUAUUCUUAAAGCUUUUAGAAGUUGGUGUGCUAUAUAUUGCAGCAGCUCUAGCUUCAUUAUGGACUGGUGAAUUCUCCACUGAUCAGUGUAUUAUCUGUUGUUAUUGUAAGUCUAAUGUGAUGCAUGUUCUUCCAACAAAAUCAGGAUGCUCGUCAUUUAGCAUAACCUCCUUCUCUAGAAUAUAAAAAAGACUUGACAUACGUUUGUGAUGGAGAUUGAGAAUGUGUUAUGGUGCAUUGAAGGGCUGCAACAGGGGAUCUUUCUUAGAUUUAACUAUAGUUAUCAAUUUUUUUUUGUUUCUUUAUAGGUAUUUUCAGUUUUAGUGGAUCUUUUACAAUCAAAGGCUGAUAGUCAAAGAUAUCAGAUUUUAAUUGUUAGCUUGGUGAGACCCAUUUACUGUAGUGGAACUGUUCAAGCACUGUUCACGCUAUAGUAAUAGUGAAUGGUAAUCGUGCCUUAUUAGGGCCAUUUUGGAAUUUUAAGAUAGAAUCAAAUUAGAUUUAUUGUUACGUUAUAAAAAGGGACUC